AUGCUGCGCUUCAGUUGGGGGCGUUUGUGCAGCAGCACACUCGGCGCCGCCUCGCCGCUGGCGCCGGAUGUGGCGGCGGUGGCCAAGGCGCAAUCCGCGCAGCUGGACGACCUCUCGCCGCGAAAGAUUGUGUCUAUUCUGGACACGUACAUCGUUGGACAGUCGGACGGCAAGCGGGCGGUGGCCAUCUCGCUGCGUAACCGCUGGCGCCGCCGCCAAGUGAAGGACCGGGACCUGCGGCGUGACAUUCUGCCGAAGAACAUUCUGCUCGUCGGCCCCACCGGGGUGGGGAAGACGGAGAUCUCGCGGCGCAUGGCCCGCAUCACCGACGCCCCGUUCGUCAAGGUGGAGGCGACGAAGUACACUGAGGUGGGCUUCAAGGGGAAGGACGUGGAGACGAUCAUCGAGGACCUCUACGUGAACGCCAAGACGAAGGCGAAGCGCCGCCUGGAGGCGGAGCGGGCGGAGGAGGCGCUCGCCAUGGCGCUCGACGCGGUGUACGGCAGCUGGGCGACGCGCCGCCGCGCCAGCGGGAGGGCGAGCGACGAGGCCGAGGACGGCCGCCGCGCCCCCCCCACCGACGUCACGCUGGAGGAGUUCAAGGCGAAGUACAAGACGGAGUUCAAGGACGACCCCGUGACGGUCGACGUCACCCCGCCGCCGCCGAAGACCACUCGCCAGGGCUGGAGCAGGGCGGACCUGGAGCUCGCCGGCCUCUUCGGCUCCGCCCCCGAGAUGCGGCUGAAGACGCGGGUGACGAAGCGGGUGGAGGAGGCCGUCCCGCUGGUGAUGCAGGACAUGUUAGACCGUCUCCUGGACGAGACGCAGGUCAGCACCCUGGCCCGCACUCUGGCCGAGGACGACGGCGUCGUGUUUAUUGACGAGAUUGACAAGGUGGUGACGGAUGCCUCGAACAACGACGCCGAUGUGAGUUCCACCGGCGUCCAGCAGGACUUGCUGCCGCUGAUUGAGGGCUCCGAUGUGACGCUGAAGGACGGCACCCAAAUUAGCACCGACAACAUUCUCUUCAUCUGCUCGGGGGCGUUUCACCUGGCGAAGACCUCCGACAUGAUCGCGGAGCUGCAGGGUCGGCUGCCGGUGCGGGUGGAGCUGCAGGCGCUGAAGGAGGAGGACAUGCGCCGCAUUCUUAGCGAGCCCAAGUACAAUUUGCUGCUGCAGCAGAAGGAGCUGAUGAAGACGGAGGACGUGGACAUUGAGUUUACGGAGGACGCCAUCGACGAGCUUGCCCGCGUCGUGACGACCGUGAACGCGAACGGGCAAAACAUCGGGGCACGCCGUCUACACACCGUGAUCGAGCGCGUGAUGGACGAGUACAGCUUCAACUGCCAGGACUACGAAGGAAAGAAGGUGGUCCUUGACGCCAAGGCGGUAAAGGACUCCACAGCUGCGCUGCACAAGAACAUCGAUCUCGCCAAGUACCUUCUCUGA